AUGUCCACAGUGAGAGCAAUUAACCUGGUGCUGCCUGAAAUUGAGGUACAUUUGGCCGGCUCCAGCAUAGACGGCCAACUCAUUCUGAACCUCAGGACUACCUUGGUGGACCCUGUUGUGAAGGUGGAGCUUGUGGGAAGAGGCUUUCUGAGGUGGCUUGAGGAGGAUAAUCCUGAACUGGACUACCACAAGAGUACAGCUUGCACCAACCAGGCUCUCUACAUCUCCAAAUCUAAGAAUUUCAACAUAGAGGAUGGCUGGCUGGAUUCUGGGGUCCACAGCUUUGACUUCCAAUUCAGCUUUCCUUCAGGUAUUCCCUCCACAUUCACCAGCAAAAUUGGCUGCAUCUCCUACUGUGUUCAAGGGACUUGCUACAGCCGCCAAAUUGUCUUAGCUAAAGAGGAGAGAUGUUUACUGUUGCAAGGAACUGCUGGUGACCGCAGAAAACACGUGAAAGACACGGCCCCGGUGGUGGUGGAAGCUAGGAAAGAUGUAGUUUACUUCUGCUGCUUCCGUCAUGGUUCUGUGAUCCUUCGGAUUUCCCUGGAGAAAAGUGUAUUUUGCCCUGGAGAAACCAUUGUCUUCAAGACAGAUAUUGCCAACAGGACAUGCAAAUAUGUUAGAAAGGUUGUUUUUGCUGUACACUGCAUUGUCCUGUAUAGUGGCUUCAGCAGCAGGGGAGAACAGCGCUCCUUGGAAGACCGAAGCGAAGUGACAAGGUUGGAGUCCCGAACAGACACGGCCCCCUUUGAAGCUAUGAGAGUCACCAGUGCACUGGUUCUGCCAAAACCCAUGCCUGUCACCAGCAGUCUCGUGGAAAAUAAAAUCAUGGCAUUCAGGUACGAGCUGGUAGGCACCUCUGAGCUUCCUUGUACCACAUCCACCAUCGUGGGCAGGGUUCCCAUCAUCAUAGCAGUCACACCAGAGCAUUUCUCUGUGGAGCAGAACACCAUGACUCUGCAUGAAAAUGAAGGUGACAUCUCAAAGGGGGUGAGCCUUCACAGAGAUAUUUCUGAGACUGACCCAGGAGCAACUGUCAGCAGACCCAUGGAAUAA